AUGAAAGUUAACGAAGAAAUGUCUUUUUGGGAUAGGCUCUAUAUCCCUGCGAUGAUUAAGGGAAUGUUUACUACCCUGAAACAUAUCCCGAAAAAGAAGUUAACCUAUCAAUACCCUGAAGAUUCUCGGAGUGUGGAUGAACGGAAUGAUCGGUACCGCGGCAUUCACAAACUGACGGUAACAGAAAAAGACGAGAUUAAAUGCGUAGCAUGCUUCUUGUGUGCGACUGCCUGUCCUGCUGAUUGCAUCACAAUUCAGGCGGCACCUGCCCCAGACGGUUGGCAAACCAAGGAAGGCUAUCAGCGCGAAAAAUACCCCGAUGUCUUCGAAAUCAAUAUGCUCCGUUGCAUAUUUUGUGGUUAUUGCAUCGAGGCUUGCCCUGAAGACGCUAUCCGGAUGACGGGGUUAACACUCCCUCAAUACUUCCGUGAACGUCAAAAAGAGGGAGAAAGUCUUGGAAGUUCCCGCAGUGACUUCAUCUUUGAUCGGGACAUGCUCGUCGCGAACAACGACAUCCCACAAGAAGGGCUUAGUGUUGAAGCGAAGUAG